ACUGCUGGAGGAAAAUAAUUCAUCUGACAGCAAAGAUGCAGUGGAGUCUGAUUCUGCUCUUCCUGAUGGCUCAGUGUUGUUUCAUUGACUGUCAGCUCUAUCAGUUUCACUACAUUAAUGAGAAUAAGAACUGGACUGAAGCUCAGCAGUACUGCAGAGAGAAACACACUGACCUGGUCACAGUGACUAACAUGAAGGACAUGAAGAGACUCAUCAACAUCUCAGCUGGAGAUCAGAGGGAAGCUUGGAUUGGUCUGAAUGAUCAAAAACAUGGUAACAGAACUUGGCGCUGGUCUCUGCCUGGAGUGGAGUUUAAUGAAAGUGAGACAACGUGGGACACAAACGAACCAAAUGAUGGAGGAAGUCAAGUAAUAUAUCAGAACUGUGUGAUUGUGAAUAAAUAUCUCAAAUGGACAGACGACCAGUGCCAAACUUUACGUCAUUUCCUCUGCUAUAAUGAAACUAAUACAACCCAUAAAUAUCACUUGAUUAAAGAGGAGAAGUCCUGGCAGGAAGCUCAGAGUUACUGCAGAGAGAAUCACACAGACCUGAUCAGUGGAACGAAGCAGCUACAGGAUGAAGAAGUGAAGAAAUUGAUGAACUCUACAAGUGAUCACACAUACAUUGGUCUGUUCAGAGACACCUGGAGGUGGUCAGAUGGAAGCAGUUUCUCUUUCAGACACUGGAAUCCAAUAUUUAACAAUCACAAUCCCAACAGUGGUCAAUGUGCCAUGACUAAGUUUGAUGGUGAAGGCAGAUGGACGAAUGUGAGCUGUGAUAAUAAAAAACCCUUCAUCUGUUAUGAUGAUAAAUUGAUCCUGAUCAAAGAGGCGAUGAACUGGGAGGACGCCUUGACCUACUGCAGAGGUCACCACUAUAACCUGGUCACCAUCACCAACGUGGAUGAUCAGAAACAGAUCCAGGAGAAAGUCAAGGAGGCAUCGACUGAUUAUGUCUGGAUGGGUCUGCGUUACGCCUGCACUCUGGAUUUGUGGUUCUGGGUCAGUGACGAGAUGGUCAGCGAUGAGAACUGGGCCAAAGGUGAACCGAUGGACGACUGUGACAUGUCAGGAGCCAUGGAGACGGGAGGAGAACAUCAGUGGAAAAAGAAAAAUGAUACUGAGAAGUUUAAUUUCAUCUGUUCUAAGAAUUAAAUCUGAAUCUGUCCCCUGUGAGAAACUAUUUCCUCUGAUUUCAUCGUUGCAAAUUUAAUGAACUGUUGUGCAUUAUGUGAAAGAAUUACCAGGACAUUUUAAACACUUAUGAUUAACUAAGUUACCUUGGAGUGAGUUUGCUUUACUUUUUCAGUUUUCUUUAUCAAAUGUUGAAGGAACAUUCAAACAAACUAGAGCCGCUAUGGUCUAGUUUACAUUUAGCUCCUAAUUUUACUGCAAUCUUUUGUUGUUUUUUCUUUUGUCACUGAUUAAUUUGGAAAUAAAAUAAAUAAUUAUUGUCUUCUUUUAA